ACAGACGGCGCACAUUCAUCAUGGCGAGCGUUGCAUCAGCCACGAGCGCACCAUCAUCUCAUUCUUACAAGGAGCUUGAGAAUAAUGUGGCAGACAAUGCCUCUAGCUUUAAGGCCGCAGACACAGUGACACAGUUAGCAAAGACCCACAAGCCAAAACCUGACAUAAAUGGCCUGAUGUUUGGGACUGUUUUCACUGAUCACAUGCUGACCAUCGAGUGGAGCCUUGAGGACGGCUGGCAAAAGCCGCAUAUCCGGCCUUUUGGGAACCUGUCCAUACAUCCAAGCUGUUCUGCCUUGCAUUACGCUAUACAGCUUUUUGAGGGUAUGAAGGCGUACCGGGGGCCAGAUGACAAAGUGCGUCUCUUCAGACCCAUGAUGAACAUGAAGCGGAUGCAGAAGUCCGCCCACAGGGCCUGUCUGCCUAGUUUUGAUGGUGCAGAGCUGUUGGAGUGCAUCAGGAAGUUGGUGGAGGUGGAUCAGGACUGGGUUCCUCACUCAGACUCUGCCAGUUUGUACAUCCGUCCCACCUUCCUGGGCACAGAGCCCACCCUUGGUGUGAAGAAGCCCUCCAGUGCAUUGCUGUUCGUCAUCCUCAGUCCUGUGGGCUCUUACUUCAGCACAGGAGCUAAACCAGUGUCUCUGUGGGCCGACUCCAAAUACAUCCGAGCUUGGAGAGGAGGGACAGGAGACUGCAAGAUGGGAGGGAACUAUGGAGCAUCUAUCUAUGCCCAGUAUGAGGCAGUGGAUUACGGCUGUCAGCAGGUUCUGUGGCUGUAUGGGGACAACCAUCAGAUCACUGAGGUCGGCACGAUGAACCUUUUCCUCUACUGGAUCAAUGAGAAAGGAGAGGAGGAGCUCGCAACACCACCCCUAGAUGGCAUAAUUCUGCCAGGCAUUACACGGCAAAGCAUCCUAGAACUUGCUCGCAAAUGGGGUGAGUUUAAAGUGUCCGAGCGCUAUUUGACCAUGGCCGAUCUUCAAAAGGCUUUGGUGGAAAACCGAGUGAGGGAGAUGUUUGGUUCUGGAACAGCGUGUGUUGUUAGUCCAGUUGGCAGGAUCUUAUAUCAGGGAAAGAAUCUACAUAUUCCAUGUGAGGGAAGCUUCCCUCCAAUAGCCUCCAGACUGUUAAAUGAGCUCACAGAUAUUCAGUAUGGACGGACUCCCAGUGACUGGUCGUGUGUUGUAUAAAGGAACCUCGCUGUUGUCAACGGACACAAGAACACAUUUCUUUUUUUUUCUCUUAUUGAAAGGAGUAAAUGUAAAUCAAUAUACAGUGAAACCAAGUUACAUUUUCACUCCUAAUUUGAACUAUAAUAACCUCCCUCAUCCCCAAACUCUUCAACACAUUUUAAAACAUGCACAUUAUACAACAAAAGCUUUAUUUGUGGAUAUAUGGAAUAAUUACCUUCCACGUAGAUGUAUUUUUUGUUUUAAAAAAGUUAGCAAUAAUGUGUUACUCUUUAUCAGACUACACCACUCAGAUGCCGUUAUGAUCACAUUUUUUCUAUACAGUUUAUUGUAAUAAUCAGUAAUCAGCAAGUUUGUGACUAGCUGUUUCAUUAAUAAUAUAGCUGAGGUGUAUGAGAUAUUUCCUUACUGUAUGGUUAUUGAUGCUGUUGAUAAUAAAUAAUAUGCCAUUUCUGUCACAUGGCACAAAGCUCUUGGAUAUUUAUAUUCAUAGAUAUUUAAAGGAAGUGUUUUUGUGGUAGAACUUUAUUUUUAAAGAAAUUUCAAUGUUUAAUGUGUACCAAGAAAUGUUUGUUGUAAGCUGAUAAUAGUAAUUAUUACAGCUAUUGUGUUUAAAACUCUUCCAUCCAUGUGCACAAACUUAGAGUUGUAAAAAAAAAAAAAAAAAAAAAAAA